AAUAACACAAAUAUAUAGAAAACUUAUAAUUUGUUUUAAUUAAAACCCUUGAUUUAAAGUUUAUACUUAUUUAAAUACAAUAUACAAAAACUUCAUACUAAUUAAUAGUACGUCUAAUAAAGUUUUCAAUUGCAAACACAAUAAUAAAGAAACAAUGGAUGAUAAAGAUUACGUGGAUUUAACGUCCCAGCUGGAUGCACGGGAAAUAUUAAGAUAUUUAAAUUAUUUAGGAAUACAUAACAUAAGUGGUGAAGUUCUUAAAUAUUUUAUCACAGAUCUUAAAAAGCUUAUAAAAUACGAUUUACAACAAAGGAGUCAGUCAAGCAAUAAGCAUACCAAACAUAAUGGACCUGAAAGACUGCACAGUGCAAGUACAUUCUCAUCGAGAAGUCGCUCUAAAGCGUUUGAUGGUGCUGUCUUAUGUUGCAAUAAAGAAUGUCAAAGACCAAGAAGGCCACUUAGUGUCCGUUAUGUACAAUCCUCACCAAAUUUAGGACACAAAGAGGAAGAAAAGCCACCCAGGAGAGCAUGCUCCUGUGUAAGGGUAGAAAAGAAACUAGAAGUAAACAAAGAACCUUCAAAAACUACUGCUACCCUAAGUGAUAAUUUAAUAAAAGUACCUAAGCCACGACCGAAGAAGAAAUGCGAUCCCGUCAGCUUAUAUCAUUAUUAUUCUUCAUUAUGGGAGAAAUACAAACCAAAUGUACCAGGAGAGAAUGAUUGGGCCGAUAUAAGAUGGAGAAUCAGGCAAAAAAUGGUGGGCGGAGAUACACAAUCCUCCAGCAAAGCAACAGUGCAUAAAAAUAAUGGAAAGGAAAAUAAAAAUACAAGCUGAUUUAUGCAGUACUUACUGCAGGAUUAGUUUAUAGUGAUAAAGAAUAUGUUAUUUUAAGGCCUAUUGUAAUGGCAUAUGCAUAUAUAAGACAGGGUUUUUACAAUUUAGAUAAACACAUAGGCAAGUGUUGGAAUUUUAUAUAAUAUGGUCAACUAAAGUUGGCCUUGCCAACUCUUAUAGAUGAACAAAUUAUAAUUUGAUUCUGACUGGAUUACUGCAACUGUAGCUAGUUGCACAUAGUAAUUCCAAAGUAAAAUUUAAGUAUAGAAUAAACAAAGUUUGGAUGUCCUUUAAGGCAAUUAUUUUUUUUUUUAUUGUUACAAAGCUAGCUAAUAGUAAACCAAUUAUCAUUACAUGACAAUUUUGUAAAUUACACUAUGUAAGUAAGUCAUAAAAAGGUUAUCAGAUCUCCGUAAUAUGUUGUGUUUUUGAUUUUAAACCUAGAAAGCUUGUA